UGUUUUGCCAACUGGACAAAAUCCUGUCACUUGUAAAAAUAAUGCAAUUUUCUUAUUGUUUACAUCCAUUAUUUCCAAUUAUUUCAAUUUCAGUACUUUAGUGUGAUAUGUGACGUUAAUCGUACACGUUAAAAAUGUCGUGGCUAAACUUAAACCACAGUUUAAACAGUCUAAAAGGCCAGAUUACGAAUUUUGCAUCUGAAGUGUUAUCUGAGAGUCCUGCUCAGGAUGUUGCUAAUAAAAGUUUACAAGGAGACUCUUCUGCCACAGAACUAGAGGAAAAAUGUCGAAACCAGGAACUUGAGAUUGCAUCGCUGAAGAAGCUUGUUGACGAACUCCAAGCUUCCUUGCAGUCUGAGAAGAUCAGUAAGAAAAAUGGCGUCAAAGAAGAUGAGUCUAGUUGGUACUGGGAUCCGCCGCCCCAAACGACGAAACUGUCCGAUGAUGAAACGGAAAAGCAUUAUCAAUUACAAAUACGAAACCUACAAGAAGAGCUUGCCACCCUGAGAGAACGAGAAAGUAUUGACCGAGUUCUUCAUCAAGACCAACCUGAUGAUGAACUCGUCCGAUUGAGAGAAGAAAAUCAAAACCUUACGUCCAAUCUAGAAGAUUUAGACAACCAACAUCAACAGGCUAUGGAAAGACUUUUAACUUUAAAAAGAGAGUUACAAGCCAAUUUUGAAGAUUUAAAACAAGAACACGAAGAUCUAAAAAAUGCCAAUGAAGAAUAUCAGAUGGAAAACAAGAGGUUACUUACGACAAUCGGGGAAAGGGAUAUAGAAUUAGAAAGUGCUAGGACAAUCAAGGCUGAUCAUGAUACUUUAUUACAUAAAUAUCAAAAUCUAGAGAGGAUACAUGGUCUGCUGCGAGAAAAUGCUGAAAAGUUUCAAGAAGAAAAUCAAGAGUUACAUGAAGAAGUCUUCAAAUUGCAAGAACAGGUGACAAAGUUAGAACAUGAUUUAGAAGUAGUACAAAAACAUGCAGACCAUCUAGAUAUGGUCCCACGAGAUACUUACGAACAGCUGCUGAGAGAGGUGAAUGAAUUAAAAGAAAGGAGAAAUUCAAAUCAAAUUCAUUUAGAUGAAAUUAAUAUCGAUGAUAAUGCUAAAGGUGUUAUCGAAACACUCAAACGUGAUAUUAGCGAGUUAAAACAUAAAUUAGCUCAAAAGGAAAUCAGCUGUCCAGAUAAUGUAGAUAAUAAAGUAAUCAAAUCUGAGAAAAUCAUGCAUCUGUACAAUAAGUAUGUUAACUUUGAACUUCCCAUUGAUUAUGUCGGUGAAAUACCUUCAGCAGGCGAUAAUAUAGUUCUGUUCAAAUUAGAAAGCGUUUUCAAAACCGUCAAUUCUUUUAAAAAAGAAAUCGAUAUCUUAGAUCAUCAGCUAUCAGAAAAGAAUUUGAAUGCUGAUCAUCUGCAAACACAAAUAGAUGAUCUGACCACAGAAAAUGAUUUCUUAACAACUGACAUCCAGCAUCUUGAGAGAGAGUUGAAUGAGAUGAAAAAGAACAAUGAUUUUCUCAUAUCUGAAAUUGCCGCUUUAAAAAAUACUUCCAAGUUACAACCAAUAAUAGAAACGCAUGAAGAUAACUUGGCGAAGUUGGAGACUGAAUUAGCUGACUCCAACAACAUGAACAAACUCUUUGAAUCGGAGAUCAAGAGGAUUCUUAAAGAACUAGAUGAGGUGAGGGCUGAAAAGACUUCCCUCCACGAUGCUUUACGCGAUCUUAAACAGAAAUAUACAACGAUGUUGGAUGAAUUUGAAAUGCUUAAAAACCAGACUAAAACCGUCACAGAAUUAGAACAAAAUGUCAAUAACCAAGAUUCUGAAAAACUUAAGAAAACAGUGGAUGAGAUAGAUGACCUAAAGAAACGCUUAAAUGCUGCGAACUCAAAGAAUGAACAGCUUUCUAUAGAUAUACAUAUUUUGGAAAAUGACAAAGUGUUGUUAACUAAAAAGGUGGAUGAUCUUCAGAACGUGUUAGACGAGAAAUCUCAUGCACACAAAGAGUUAGAAACUUUAAAAUCUACCUUGGACUGUAAACUGCAUGACUUUGAAAAUAAGUUGGAUGAAGUCAUUAGACAUAAACAAGAAGUAGAGGUGGACAGACAAAAGCUACAAGAAAAAGUUAUAGGAUUACAAGAUCAAUUGACCACUGCUAGUACGGAAAGUAACGCAAAAUUAGAAAAUCUGAUGACUGAGAAGACGUUAUUGGGCGAGCAGCUGAAAAAGGCGUCUAAAGAAAACGAAACUCUUUCAGCAUCCAUUGAAAAAUUAAAAACAGUUAUAGCUGAUCUGCGACGUCAGGAACAAGAGUUAGUAGAUGAAAACCAAGAUCUUAAGAAAAACAUACAAUUUGAAAAGAAUUCUAAAGUUCUCGAAGAAACUAUUGAUGAGUUGAAAUCUAAAACCGUUCAUCAAGAUAUACUGACUAAUGAAGUCGCUAGUCUGAAAGAUGAAAACAAAAAACUGAUUGAAAAGAAAAUUCAGCUUGAAGCUGAAUUGGUAUCAACUGAUAGUAAAAUUGUACAUUUAGAGGAGGAAUUUGAUAAACUAAUUGUAGACCUCAAUGAGAAAGAUACUCUAAUUGACGGUCUUAACAACACCAUUCACCACAAUAAUAUUACUCUUCAGAAAUUAAAUGAAACUGCAGCUGAAAUGGAGAAAAGUAUUUCAAUAAAGAACGAUGAAAUACAUAAACUUGCUCGUUCGGUAGAAGAGCUCACAUUAAAACUUAAUGAAACCAUUGGAAAAUCAGAUCGAAGUCAAGAAGAAUUGGACAGACUUCAUGGUGAAAAGGAAGAACUCAGCAAACAGGUAUACUCAUUAAAUGAUGAAAUAAAUUCUAAGAACACCGAGAUAUCUUCAUUAUCCUUGCGCCUGGAGCAAGCAGAAACAUUUUCUAAUGACCUCAAAACCGUAAUAAGUAAUAAAGAAAAAGAAAUUAAAGAGCUAAACCAGUCAAUAGUAGAAUUAACAGAUAAAAUUAAAACUAAAGAAAAUGUAACUUCUUAUAAUGAUGAUUAUGCAAAAUUAGUUCAAGAGAAGAAAACAGUAGAGGCUGAGGUUGUUGAACUUAAAGAAGCAGUUGCAGCUAAAGAAAAAAUGAUUGAGGAGAUUAAAGAAAGUCUCGCAUCGACGGAGAAGCUAUCAAAUGAAUACAAAUCAAUAAUAGAUACAGCUAUGACUGAAAAAACAGAACUGAUAAACUUAAUUAAUUUAAAGCAUAAUGAAAGUAUACAGUAUCACAAUGAAAUACAAAGAUUGAACCAUGUAAUCUUGGAACAGACGAAUGAAUACAAGAAAGUGAUUGAAGAGAAAGACAAGCAGCUCCAGAAUACGACAGACCAUUGUAAGAAUUGUGAGAAUUUAAUGAUAACACUAAAAGAAAAAGAUGGAAUUAUAAUAUCUUUGAGUCAGAACGCGUCUGGUUUUGAGAAAGCCAUGUCUGACUUGGUGGUUGCUAGUGAAUCGGUGAAGACGUUAUCAGAGAAAUGCGAGAAUCUAGAGAAAAGUUUAUCAGUGCAGAUGGAGAUAGUUAAGAAAUUGACAGCAGAAAAUAUACAGUUGUCGGAACAAGAGCAAAACUUAGUGAAAGAGUUGGAACGACUGAGACGCCACCUGGUGGAAACGGAGGAGAACUACACCCAGGAGUUGAUGUCUUCGGAGCAAAAGCUUACUGAGUGCCAGGCCAGGCUACACCAGGUCGAGGAGAGAGCCAAACAGACUAGCACUGUUUAUACCAGUAACAGCAUUCGAGCGAAUCAAGAAGUGGAAACCUAUCGCAACCAGAUCAAGCUUCUAGAGAAGCAACGUGAUGAAGUGCAGGCCAGGCUCAGUGAGGCCGAGGAUGCUAGGAGCAGGAGUGAAGCCGCACUCACUAACUUACAAGUCGUGCUUGAGCAGUUCCAACUGGACAAAGAACGUGACAUCCACACUGCAACGGAAAAGAUAAGAAAUAAAAUGGAGGAACAGAAGCGAGAGAACCAGGGUCUUCAAAUAGAGAUAUCCAGGUUGAACGCCAAGCUUGAAGAAGCUUUAGCUGGCCUGCAGGCCGCCUCAAGACUUGGAGACCAGGUCGAAAUUAAGCGAGCUGAGAUCAACGACCUUAAAGAGCAAGUCCGGACCCUCCAGACCUCAGUGGCCGCAGCAGAGGAGCGCUACUACAACGCCAUCUCCAACCAACAGGAUAAGGUCGACAAGAACCUCGUCAAGAACCUAGUCAUCAACUACGUGAUGACUGCUGCAGGGAAUAAUAGUAAUAAAACGCAAGUCCUGCGAAUUCUAUCAACAGUAUUGGACUUCAAUCAGCAAGAGUGUGAGAGGCUCGGACUCGCGCGCUCUGCCCAGGCGCCGGAUAGUUUGGCCGCCGAGUUCGUCAAGUUCCUACAGAACGAGUCCCGCCCGAGGGCGCCACUGCCGAACAUGAUGACGUUAGCGCAGGGCAACACUAGUCGGAGUACCACGCCUAGUUCAAGGAAAAAUUCUACGAUAGGGCCACCACCGAACCUGCCAAAAACCGGCCACAGUCGUAACCCCUCGACUGGUUCCAACAACCUCUUGUUCCACAACCUGGACACAAUGGAUACAGCAUCACAGUUUUCCAGGGAUUCCGAUAGAGAGCCUAGAGUUAUAACCCAAAGCCUAGACACAGGUGUAAACCAAACUAGAAACACUGAGGGAGCCAUUUUGAAAUCAGUCCUUAAAGACAUGUGAUUUUAACCUUUUUUUAGAAGCUAUUAAUGUACAGUUUUGAAUGAGAGCCAUCCUUAUGCGGAAAAGAGAUAGCAAUGUAUACCAAGCUAUGUUUUUGUCAAAGGAAUGAUAUAACGAAAACAUCUUUCCUAUAACUAAGGUUAGUGUUGUAGGUUGGCAACAUUUUGAGUUUAUUUUUGAUUGCAACACUGCCUUGUAUCUGUCAAACGAGUAUUCCCAUUUUGAACAUCGAACAGGUUCCAUGAUCGUCAUAGCUAACGCCUUUUUUGGCAGUAAUGAAAUAGGUCAUAAUUUAGUCAACGUGCAUGUAUAAGAAAGUGUCUGAUUGCCAUUGAUAUAAGGUCCAAAAUUGCUUACCUGAACACAAGUUUGCAACACAAAGCAAUUAAACGUAUGAUAUUGAAUUCUAUAUAACAUACUCAUUCGUAUAUUAUUUGUUCCGUCUAAAUUUAAAAAUUAUGUCAUAUUAUUAUUUUUUUAUCGGCACGGAUUUUUGAUUUGGUUGGCAAAAUUCACACUUAUUACCUCUCACAUAAAGAACUAAAUCGAUGAUCUGAAAGAUCCGUUGCCUAAAAAUGAAUUUCUUAAAUAAAUUAGCGUUUUUUUUACAAAUAGUGAAAAGUUUUUUACAAUUUUGAUA